AUACGCCUCUCAAAAUUUACAGUAUUUUGAAUAAUCAUCAACGAGAAGACAAAUAACCAGCAAUAUGCGUAGUUUAUUAUGAUACUGUUGGAGAUUUUUUUCAUACUAUAUGGAUUUCAAACUGUGUGUAAGUAUAGCUAUAUGUCGUUAUUGUUUAGAUUGUAAACAACAUAUGUAUAUAAAUGUAUACAUAUUAUAUAUUAAUAUUAUGUGUGUAUACCUAUUAGGCGAACCUACAAAAUCAUUGACAUUCAAAAAAUAUUUACAUUUAUUAAUUUAUACAUACGUGUGCAUAAUAGUUCUUUGAAAUUCAAAUUCCAUUAUCUAGUUAGUAAUAAAGUAAUUAAAUAUUCAGAUUUAGUUAAUAAUAAUAUGCACAUCCAUAUGUAUGAUUACACGUCGAGAUAUACAAGUAUAUCUGUCAUAUUAACAGGGAUUUGUUGAUGAUAUAAACUUUAAUACAAAAACCACAGACAUACAAGAAAACAAGUCCUACAGAAAUGAACAUAUAAAUUUAUAAAGUCAUAAUACGAACAGAAUUUGUGGUAUUACUAAAGAUUUAAUAAAGAAUAAAAACAGUGGUUAACUUCAAAUAUUAUUGAAAUAAUGAAAGAAAAGAAGAAGAUAUAAGAACUAUACUACUGUUGAACAUAAACAGAGCUACAACACUCUGAGAAACUUAAUUACAAGGAAAUCUAAAGAAGUAAAUAAAAAAUAUUUAGAAGAAAAUACGAAGAAAUAAAUGUUUUAACCUCAUUAGGCAGCCAUAAUCCCAUAACCAUAGCAAUAGAAGAUGAGGAAGGAAUAAUUAUUUACGAACAGAAACAUAUUACAGGAAAAUUGGAAUAAUACAUAAAGGCACUGAUGUACGUUAUAAAAGAACUCACUGUCACUGGUACCAUAAAUUAUAUGGGAUAAGUGAAUCCGAAAAUAAUCAUAUCAUAAUAUCGGGUAUCUAAAAAUAAUUCAACAGAACUCUAAGAUACCUAAAAGCCAAAGAAAGCUAUGAAAAUACAUGAAAUUCAAACAGAACUCUAGAAGUAAGCGGAUGAGCAUAUACUUAUUAGAGAUGUCUACAGGUCAACAGGCUAUAAAUAAAUAUUAUUCGUCCUAUUCCAAAGAAAACCACAACCAAAAAAUACGAAAAAUACUAAGUCUAAAAAUAAACUAAGUCUAUUACCACAUGCUUCGAAAUAUUAACAUAAGUUAUAUUCUGAAAAAUGGGGAAAAAAAUAUCGAAGAAUUAAAACACACAAUAUAAGAAAACCAGUUCAGAUUGAAAGAAAACAGCAACAAAAGACGCGAUAUUGACCUUGAGAAUAAUAAUUAAAAAACGCAAAAAGAUUAAGCUAACAUUUAAUUGACACUGAAAAAUAACUAAAUAAUGUUACCUGAGCAUUAAUGUUUAAAAUUCUAAAAAGAUCUGAAGUAGUAUUCACGAGAAAAGUCUGCCAAAUUAUAUAGAAAUGAAGUAACCGUCAUAAAAAUACAAUAUAUUAAAAAUGAAAAAAACAAAGAAAAGGUGUCAGGCAGAAAUUCACGCUAUUACCUUUAAUAUGGAAUGGUCUUGAAUAUUCAAGAUAUCACGGGUACUGUAACAAAGAAUAAAUGCAAGGAAUAGCCAAUUGAUGGAUCAAAUAAUAGAUGAUCAGAAGUGUAACUCAUACCAAAAAAUGAAAAAGAAAGCCAACAAUAGAGAAACAUUAAAAUUGUUGCAAAUCAAUCAUUAUAUAGAAAAAACUCUUAUGUCUGUAAAAAAAAAAACCUUUCACGAGAUUUAAGUAUCAAUAUUGUUUAUAGGUCUGAAGAGUUGUUCUGGAAAAAUAAUAUGAUCUCAGAGGUUCCAUAUCAUUCAUUCAAACACAUUUUAUUUAUAAUGAUAUUGAAGGAAAUUAUUAUUGUUUUCAUAGAUCUCAUCAUUCUUAUAUAAUCCAUUUAUGAAAUCUAUUCCAUCUUAUUAAUCCUUUAAAAAUCUUGGAAGAUGAUUGCAAAUAUUUAUUUUUCCAAAGUAAACCAUAGAGUAUACUAUGUGUAACAUAUAUUAAUUUGUAAUAGAAAGAUUUAGGAAUUGUUGUCAAAUUAGUUAUUUUUAGCAACUGUUUUAUACAAUUUUAGUAAAAUCGAAAAGAUUUCACAUUUCCAGAAAACCUAGAUUUCCAUCAAAUUUAUCUGAAUUAUAUAAAAUAUUCAUAAAAUAUUGAUUUAAUAAGUGUUAAAUCAAUAAAAAUGAUUUCUCACUUUUCUUAAACAACCCUUAUUGUAAAAACGAAUUUUAUUUAAUUUUACCAUCGUAAAUAUAGAAGCAAUAAUGGUUUUCUCUGAUUCGUUAUUUUGUUCGUACUCUUAUCAUAUUAUCCAAAUUUAAAUAUCUCAAAACAACCAAAUUGAUUUAACUUCAUCAAAAAAAUCAAAAUUGAGAUAUGUUUAUAAAGGUAAAAUUUGAAAACGGCUCAUCUUAAUUUUUCCUGGAAGAAAAUUCCGAUUAAAUCAUACUUUCCGAGAUUAAUUAGUGUUCAUUUAUUAAAAAUAUAAUCACCCCUUACAAUUUUAGUUUGAUAAUUCAAUUGGACCACUGAGGUUUUUAUGUAUUUUAAUCAAGACGUUCGAUACUGUUUUAAAUGAAAAGUAAUUGGUACCGACCAAAGUAUUAUGAGUGAUAACAAUGCAAUAGCAAUAUUAUCACUAUACUAAAUAUAUAUAAUAUACUCUACGUUUACACGAAAAUAAUAUUUAAUCGUAUGAAACACGUUUCUCCAUACAUAGGGUGCUUUUCUGGUAGCCAUGCUCCUGGUGACAUCACCGUCAUGUUUGUAAGUCCUACCACUGUCAAAGUAUCUUGGAAAAUAUCACGGAGAGGUGUUGAAAAAUAUGACGUCAUGUACAAACCAACAAACGCCAGGUAUGAUUUAUAAUAAAUUAUUAAUAAAGAAAAGAUUUUUUUUUUUUAAUUUUAUAUUAAUAAUAUUUAAACAUUUUACAUAAACUGCAGUAAAUUGUACAAAUCGACUAACACACUGUGAACAUUAAAUAUUUUUACCUCAUGUUAUUAAAAAAAAAUGACUUAGGUAAUUAAUAUAAAUACCAAAUAAAUACUAAAUUAAUAUAAUAGUUGUUAAAUUUCGAAAUAAGGUUUAGUUAUAACUAUCUACAAUUUUAUUUUUACAUAGUCAUUUCUAUUGAAUAAUAUUGAAUUUGGAUAUUAAAUUAGGUAAGUACAUCUCUCAUCCACUAUAUUUUUUCUUACGCCUACUUCAUAUACUUUAAAUGAAUAUAUACUUUUGACUUUAAAUUUUAAACUAUUUAAAAGAGAGGGGAUUGCACUUUUAAAAUUCAAAGUGUUUACUCGUUUCAAGUACAAGGAAUUGAAAUAAAAAUUGUAAAUAAUGUUAAAAUUAAUUUUAAAUGAUUUCAUAAUUAUAGAAAUCAAAUUCACUUAUUAAAUCAUACUAAUAGAUUACCUAGAAUAAAAACGAAUCAGGACAUCGGGUAAUCUUCUAACAUGAUUAUUGAUUAUAUUUUAUGACAACAUUUUUGCUUAAAAACAAAAUGAAAAAUACUUUUUUGCAUCAUAAUAUUUUUUACAAUGCAUCAAUAAAUCAAAAUACAUGCAUUAUUUCUUUUACAUUUUACUUUAUACAAAGUAUAAUAUUUUAUAUACUUAUUCUGUAAGUAUAUCGAUGACAAGGAUGGAAUUGAAAAGCAUCUAAGAGCAAAAAUCCCUUAUAUACCUACGUAUAAUGUAUAUAUUAUAUAUACAAUUUUAUGUACACAGAAAAAGCAUUUCACAAGUAUAACAUUAGUUUAAACUUCAAAGUUCACACGAAGGAGAGUUUAUAUACGUACUUUCAACGCACAAAACUAUUAUAAACUUUAAACGACUAAAAAGAGCCUAAGUAUAAAGGUAAUAAUUCGAAAACUCGUUUAAAAUUAGUCAGGUAAUUCGGCUCUUUCUAUUCUUUUGAUGUAAGCAUUUUUCUUACACAACAUGCGCCGUUGUAACAAAAUUUCGCUCUAUAUAAAUAUAAAUUAUAAUUAUUAUAUUAAUAAAAAAAAAUAUUCAAAACGUUUGUAUCGAGUAAGCAACUUUAAAAAAAUCCCUAUUUAUGUCUUUUAUGCUAAUAAAUGCUUUGCUAAUAAUUUAAUAAAAAUUUUCUUAAAAUCUAAUUAGAUUUUUUUUCUAUACAUUUUACGAAAAAAAAAUUACUUUUAUUCCAUAUUCAAUAAAAGUUCCCGCAUACUAUGUGAUCAUUGUCGAUCAACCGUUACAUACCAAGGAAGUUCAUCCAUAUCGUAUCUAUUUUAGGUUUUUUGACAAAAACUUCUAUUACGCAGCCUCUAAAAUACAUUAUUACUAUAACUUUUUUUCUAGUUUUACAUAAAAAAAAUUAUUGGUAACUGUAGAAAUAAGAAAUAAAAACAAAGUAAAAAGCGCAUAUUAUAAUUUGUCUAAAAAUUAAAAAAAAAAAUAUGAAAAUUGCUUUUCUCCACGACAUCCUCGUGCGACCAACAUGCAACUAUAAUGUUAUUAUUAUUAUUAUUAUUAUAGGUACUUAUAUAGGUUACUACCUACUACGUAAUCGUAUCGAAUAAUAAUUUCCUCCGGUUACCGCCAGGUCACGUAGGUAUCGUUUUAUGGUCGUAGUGUUGUACUUAUACUCGUAACCAUAUAUGUAGCUAGUCGACCAACCACCAGUCUGCCGAGCCGAUUAAAUAUGUAUAACGAUUCGUGUAUUAUUGACUAGAUGUUUUUUUGUCAUUGGUCAGUUACAGGGUAGUGGCGGAGAUAGCGGUCAACUCCGAUUCCGUGACACUCGGUAACUUGAUGCCAAACACACAAUAUCAAGUGACCGUUACCGCGUUCAAAGCCGGACGUAGAUUCCGCAGCAGACCGGUUAUAUUUAAAACCCUGGGUAAGCAAAAUAUUAUCGAGUACUGUUCACUGUUUUCAAUAUAGAUAUUAUUAUUACAAGUCGGGUAUUUUAAAGUAUUUUAAAGAUAUUUUUAAACAUCUCGUUUUACACUUAAGCGCGGGAAUAAUUAUUAAAAUACAUUUACACUUAAUCUAAGAGGAUACCACAGCGAGUACUGUAUCCGCUGUUCAAACGUCCGACAAAGCAAAUUUUCAAUCAUCAGUGCACCAUUGUGUUGUUAUUUUCAAUAUUAGAACGAAUUUACCCGUUUUCAAAUUUAAAUAUAAGAACGUUAUCUCUGCAACUAAGUUAAUUUUUUUUUUUUUAUUCGAUAUUUUAACUUUUAAGAGAGCCAUAAACAUUUUUUAUUUUCAAUAUUUUACAUAUUCAUAUGUCAUUAUAUAAUAAUAGUUUUUUUAAAUUUUUAAGUUUGAAAAUAAAUAAAUUUACUCUUUUAUUAAAACUAACGGGACAAAAUUGUUCCUGCUGAACGGUAACUUGAUAUUUCAUACAUGCGAAUGUGACAUCCUCUUAACAAAAUUCUAUAAAAAGCUAUACCAAUAGAAGCUUUUCAAACAAAAUAUCAUAUAUACAACUAAUUCCUGAUUAUUAUUAAAUGUAAAUGAAAUUAAUAUUAUUAUUUAUUACAUAUUGUAUGCAAUUUCUAUAAACUAUUAAGGUAAGUACCUUAAAAACGUAUAUUAGGAAAAAUCAUCGGUAAUCAAAUGUUGUAAAUAAUUUAUCGAAUACCCGCAUUUUAAUAUUUAAAAGUUCUCGUAUUAUUUCGUCUAAUUAAUAAUACACCAUGAUGUUUUCAUAGACAAAGGUGUGUCUUGGCCAGAUAUUCAACGAUCUCAGAUGAACAGUAGUGGCGAUGUGGACAUUUCGCCGCCCGACGUUGUUGGUGGUACUGGACAUUCAAUACUACCGGAAGGAUCUACGUCCCCUCCUUACGUACAAGUAAAUAAAUUACCUAUCUUUUUAAAUUAAAACUAUGUGUAAUGAACUCUAAUUUUAUUUAUUUUUCCCUAAUAUAAAAUAUAAUAUUACAUAAAUAUUAAAAAUAAACUCAAAACACCCAGAAAUAACAGAGAUCGGGCACUAUUGAGUCGAAUUUUUGCCUAUCUAUUUUAUAUUAUGAAAUUGUCCUUUCUAAAAGAAUAAAUAACCAAAAGCUUUAAUAAUAGAAUACUAUACUAGAUAAACUAAUUACUAAUUACUUUUUACUUCCAAAUAAAUGUGAAAUUUAAUCAUAAAAAUGAUAAGAGUGAUGGUUGAAAGUUUAAACUUCCAAAAAGCACAUCGUAGAUAUUAACGCCGUAUAUAGGCAAAAUGUAUUCUCUCUGUAUUCAUUUGGAGGGGUCUGUAGAAGUGUUCAAAGCUAAAAAAAACCCUCCUCUCGCAACAUCAUGGUAAAAUUCGUAUUGAAUUUCAAUUCAACUUUUUCACUUCAAUCCACCUAUAAAACAAUUUCAAUUCCCUAGUUUGAGUUCAUUUGGGCUACAGGAUGCUUCUGAAAGUGUCCAAAAAUACAGAGGGAUAUAUUAUAUAAUAAAUACAAUAUGAUGCAAUAGUCUCUAUUUUCGAUGGAAAUUCGACAAAAGCAUGAAAAACAUAAAUGCUAAAAUCGAUUAUAUAAAAUUUUUUUUUUACAAGCUAGAUAAAAAUAAAAAAAACUUCAACUCAAAACUACUUAAAUCUAACCUUACAAAAUUUUGUACACAGAUAAAUUAAAAAAGAAAUAAAUAAUUCCGCAUUAAAUGAGGUGUCUACUGACACACUUAUUGAUUUUUACUUUUACAUUUUAGGGCCAUAGUUUACUUUAAAGUAGUAAAUGUUGAUGAGAAACUCUGUUGGUAUUUAUAUUGAUCUACUAGAUAUUAUAUAAAAUUUAUAACACCGUUAAACUAAAGAGCUCUUUUUCUUUUUUUUUUAGUUUUACUACAUCGUUUAUUUUUCAAAAUAAAAUUCGUAAAAUAUAAAAUCAGAAAAUAUUACGACUGUUUUCAACGAUUUCAAAAAAGUUAAACAAUUAUAUAAGAAUAAAUAAUUGUUAAGGUUAGGUUGUUGGUAUGUUAGGUAGGUAAGGUAUUGUUAAGAAUACAAUUUUAUAUUGUAUUGAAAUAGCAAAACAUAUUAAUUAAUUUAAUUAAUUAACGCCACUCCAGAAACUACAUAGUAUAGUAAAGUUAACAAGUUUAAUAGGUUAGUAAUAAUAAUAAUGUGAUGAGAACAGCAAAAAUAAAAAUAAAAUAAAAAGAGACACAAUGUUAACAUAUUAAGAACAUGUUAUAGUGCGAAUACGACGAAUAAAACUGAGGUAGAGGUUAAAGAGUAUUAUGGAAACGUAGCAUUCUAUGAUUCAGGUAGUUGUGAUUUUAGUUCGUGUGGUAAAAAAAAGAUGUGGACCAAUGAGUGGUCUUUUUUUGAAUAGACAGGGACACAGGGACACAAAAAUAAAAUAGAAUUUAGAAUAUCAGGAAUAUAAAUUGAGUCAUUUAGCAAAAAGGAGAUAAAAUUAAAGUCCACCUCAAGAUGAUGUGGGGAAAAAGUAGGAAUAUUUAAAGAUAAGCUAAUUGAGGAGUAGGUAGUCAUGAGGUGGGUAAGUAAUAUUAAGAACGAAAGCAAUAUAUGAAAGAAAUUAAUACGAUGCUGGUCCUUGACUAAAUAUGGAUGCCACACAGCUAUACACACACACACACACACACACACACACACAGCUAUUGAAAUAAAAGUUUUGAAAAUUACUUGCUGGGUGUUACCACUAGAUAACCACCCUAAUCUGAAGAUUUCCCAUUAAUUAAGUUUUUCUUAUUUCGUCCUAUAUCAAACCUACUAAUUAUACAAAAUUGUAUAGAUCGUGGAUAACUUUAAAAUUAAUAAAAAAAAAAUUACUCCAAUAUAUGUCCAUUAAAAUUAUAAUAAGCCAAACAAAAAACGCAUUUCCAACAAAUGUACAAUCCUAUAUACUCGUAAUUAGUUUUUAAAUUAUGUUUAUUGUUUUACAUAUCGUUGGCUACCCAGAAAACCCCCGUAAUUUUUUUUUCUGUAAACAACAUUUCUACCAGAAAUCUCACUCCAAUCGAAAACUAUAUGAUAUUUUAUUUAUUUUAGAAUUUUUGAAUUAGUUGGUGUACUCAGAAAGUUAUUUUUUUUCAUUUAGUUUUCUUAAUAACAGUUCUCUUGCCACUGUUUUAUAAAACUUAUUAAAAUCGACUUUAUUUUUGCUGGAUGACUGACAGUAUAUGCAAUUCUCACAAAAUGUAAAUAUAAUUAUGUAAAUUUAUAAUUAUGUACGUUUGUAUAUAUCUCAAUACAACCAAUUAAUUACUCUAUAUUAGCUAUUGUUUUUAAUAAAUAAGGUAACAUUUUAGGAGGUAAAAUUUCUACUUGCAAGUUUUUAUAUUAUCAUAGGUACUAUUGUAUUGACCGGUAUGGAUAAAUAUUGUAAAAAAUAAAAAACAAAUUUAAAAUACCAUACUUAAAAAAAUAACUAAAAAAUUAAUUACUGAUGGGAAAUAUGAAUACAAAUAUUUUCUCGUGGAUUUAUCAUAAUGAACAAAAUUAAAUACGAGCAAAAUAAAUAAAUAAAUAAAAAUACAUGACAGCUUUAAUAUGCUUAGGAUUUGGGAUAUAGCUACAAUGCAGCUGCUCUAUAUUGCCAGACCACAUCUUCUUUAGCGUAUCGUAAACAAUUCACCAUCGAAAAAUUAACGAGAUUUUUUUUUAUUAUUUUUAUAUCAUAAUGCUAAAAUAAUAUACAAACAAAUAUCAAUAUCUUGAUGAAAUAAUUUUUGUAUGAAAAAAAUAUACUUAUCACGAAACAAAAUAAAUAUAUAAAUAGUACCUAAACUUUCAACACAAAACCUUCAAAAUGCUGGUAAAUAAUGUCCAACAAAUUCGAGCAGUGAUUCAAUAAUAUCCAAAAAGUUACCAACAAAUUUGUUAGAUGUAUUUGAUAAGUUUCUGUUAUGGGUGUUGCUACUAACUUUAUAAGGAUUGUUAUGCGUAUAACUAAUUUCAGGUACGAGGAAUCGAAAUCACUAUUGUAGUACUGGUUCUGAUGGUCUGGGUUGGCGCUAUUAUAAUGUUUUUCAACCGCUGGGGCAAAAUCAGAAUGCUUAUACCGUACCAGCCCGAUUACAAGGACACGCAGCUCAAAGUACCCGGGACGGGGGCAUGCAAUCCAACCAACUCGUGUCAAAACCAAACCGGAACAGGUUUCUGCUGUUCGCAGGUCAGUACCACAUUAAAGUGAUGUUUUUUUUUUCCAGCUCCGAAAACUAUAUGAAUAUAAAUGCAAAUAAAUUCUUUAAUUAUUAUUGUGUGGUGCACGUGAACAUAUUGUGAUGUUUAAAUUGUUUGUACCAUUUUUAAAACUUUUUUAAUUUAAAAAAAAAAAGUAUAUCAACCUGUACUAAAAAUCAAUAAUACAGAAGCCGAUUGCGUCAACAUAACGUACAUAUAAACAUAAAGCGUUUCAUGCAUAUGUUUAUAUUUUGUUGUGAAUAUCGCAUUAUAGUCAUAAUAUCAAAAUGAGAUUGAAAACCGCAGUAUUUUUUGUGGAAACUGCAUUUUCCAAAUAGAGAAAUAGAACUUAAACUGUAAAUCAAUGGCAAAUGCAGUGAAAUUUUUCGAUUUUGGAUAAUCCCAAGGAAUAUAAUAUAAUAAUUAGAUAUGCAAUCGUGUAUUAUGUGAGAUUGUCGUAACUACAUCGUACCGUAUAUAAAAUAUUUCAAAAAUAAUAAUAUGAUAAAGUUAAAGUUUUAAAGUGUUUAAGUUAGUUUUAUAAGACUAACAUAUUAUUUAGUAUAAUAUAACUAUCUAUGUUUACUCGUUAUGUUGAUCGCGGUGAUAAUUAGUCGGGUCUCAAAACACACAAGGUAUAUUACGUUUUGUUUUCUUUAACUUUUGAUUACUAUAUACCUAGUAUUACUACCUACAAAACGUUUUAAUGAAUAAGUUUCUAUGGCACUAAUCAAAAUCCCUAGUUUACAUAUACAAUAAUAUAUAACCUUGCACACAGGGACGUAGACGAGGGGGGGGGGAGGAGUUAAAUUCUUGUUUCAACUCCCAAUUCACUCGUAUUACAAAUCAAUGAUAGUCAACUCCCCCUCUAUAAAUAACCAAACCGUACACAAAAUAAUAUGUAAGAUGAAAUUACAAUAAAUUUGCAUCAAAUAGGCCUUAAAACAUCAUCCAUUGCUCAUCCAACAUGUAUUUGUAUAGAUUAUUUUUAAUAAUUUAUAAAAAAAAGUUUUAUUAUUUUAUGAAAAAUGUCUAUAAUUUAUAUCGACGUAAUGAUAUCGAAUAUAAAUGACGAAUAAUCUUAAAACUGAUAAAAACCUAUGAACUUUCAAUAGCAGCCACCAGAAGAGAAACAAACAUUUUCACAGAAUUUAUAUUUGUACAUUUUAUUAAAAAUUAAUAAAUAAGCAUAAGUACCAAUUAGGUAAAACGAUCUCAAAUAUAGACAAAUCUGUAAAAAAUUCCUCGAUCUUCUAAAAUCCUCUGCGUUAUGUUUAUAAAAAUACAAAUUGAAUAAUAUUAUUCUUUACGUACUAUUUAAAACCCAAUACCCGCAUAGCCAAUGUAUUUUCAAAUUGACGAUAAUCUUUUGGAAAAGUGAACAAACAAAAAAUUUUACUCAACGUACACACUGGUAAGUAUGCUUCUUACAUUGACAAUUAUGCCCAAUUAUGCUUUAGAUAUUAGGGUAUAUACUACGACGUCGUGUUAUUAUAAAUAUUGGGAUACCAAUAUAGCUAUAUAGCUUUAUAUUAUGUUCAAUCGUGAACAUCAAAUAAAAUCGAUAUUAAUUCACGACCUUGAAGAUAGUAUAAAAUACUUAUAAGCGUAUCAUAACAACAGUAGUUAUAAACUGCUACAGUAGAACCGACCAAAAGUUAAUAGCAUUUAAAAAUAUAUCUAUCUAACGUUUAUAAUAUAAUCGUGUCCAUGUUUUUUCUUUUAUUCAAUCAAGAUAAAUGAGAAAUAAGUUUUUUUAGCAGUUAUCUGAGAUAAAUAAUUCAAUCGUCCAGACAAAUCUUUUUUAAUCGUAAUUUAUAUUAUAUACUUGUUUUAUGCACGCCGUAUGACGGAUUAUAGUGAAUUUUAUAUUUGGGUGCUAUGAUAAAUCAACAUGAAGCGCGUCUCAGUCGGAAAAACGAAUCACGGCUGCUUUUCUAUAUAAGCUUAGAAAUAAUAAGUAAAAUAUUUAAUUUAUUAAAAUCAUAUGGAUUUAAAAAACCACACAACCUUUUUGAAAUACUUAAGUGUACCAAAUCUGGUACACAUUUACUACUUUUAGCACUUAGUUAUAGAUAGUUUUAGAUAGGUCUUAGAUAGGUACUUAAAUUAACGAAAAUGUCUUUUUUUAUCUUAAUAAAAAGAUUCUAAUUAUUUAUCAUUAUCUAAUUAAUCUUUAUAUAAUACUGGUCACAGUGAGAUUUUCCAUCUCUGUAUUUUUAAAGGACUGCAAUACAGAAUGUGAUUUUUUUUUUUAUCAUGAUCCAGCGAUAGUGUACGGAGGUUUUAAGGGAAAUUUUUUUUUAUUUUUUUUUUAUUUUUAAUCGUUAUAAAAUCAUUUUAUGAUCUUGUAAUUAAAAUAUUUUCAAAAUGCUACCCUUAUUCCAUACGGUGUACGCCACAAAGUAUAAAUACAUUAACUUUGGAUUUUUAUAGAAACCCGCCACUCACCACUUUCAAACCAAAUUCUAAAAAAAAAUUAUUUUUAUUUUACACAUUUUGAUAUUUAUAACAUCAAUAAUAGUUUGAACUAAAAAUUUAGACCAGAGGCAUAAAAAAAGAUUAUCGACUAAAAAUGAAUAUGAAAUUACUCAUUCCUAGCUACUCCUACAUACAAUCUAAAUUUAAACCUAUAAUAACUCGAGAAUAGUGUAUUCUAUAUUAGCUAUAUGCGUACCAACAUAUUUAGAAAAUAAUUUUUUCGAAUCUGUAUUGAAUAAAUAGUCAUCAUAUAAAAAUCAAAAGUUACGAUUCAAUUGGAAUAUAAAAAGUUAAAGUAACAAUUCAAAAAUUAAAUCAAAAUAAAGCUUAAGCAAUUCCAUAAUAAUAAAGAAAAAAAACGGACAUACUUCGCAUGGGUGACUGGGUGAGCCAAUGUUGUAGGUGAAAAGUUAGGAAGAAAGAAUAGAAAUUUAAUGUAUAUCAACUGAAGGUAUGCAACGAUUAACCAUUGAUAACGAAAAACGGUUCUGAGCAGAGUUAAGUGUUGUUUUGUCAACAAUGUAUCUCAUAUCAUGGUAAAAUAAUUAUAAAAGUAUUUUCUUUAAUGAUAUUUGUUUAAUAUUAUACCUAUUUUCCAGUUUUUCUUACGUUUUUUUCAAGGUUAUUCCUCGGUUUAUUCCAUUUAUUGGGAAAACUCCUGGGAAAAUCAAAAAAUGACCUCCCUAUAGUCCUCCCAAGUCAUAUUUCUUUUCAGAGAUGUCAGCUCUGGUCAGAAUCUAAAAUUGAAACCAAAUUUAUGUAAAAACUUUUAAGAAAAUCACCGGUUCGUGAUUAAAAAAAUUAAUCUAUACAACAAAAAUGUAUUCUAUAACUCAAAUAUAUAGAUUAAAGCAUUUCAAAGACAAUCUCCUUGGUGUUUUAUACAAUUUAACACAUUCAACUAAUUGGCGGGAUACAAAAAAAAUCCUAUUUGAGUUUAAAAUUUAAAAUUAUCUGUAACCUUUUUUAAAUAAUUGACAUGAGUAUUCCAAAAAAUGUCCAACGAGAUUUUCUUGAAAAUUCAGUCUUCUACAACUUGUAUAAUAUUCCAUCUCUAAAACCGAUUUUAAAGACCUUAUUGUUUGUUUUAUGUGAACACUUUUUACUAAGCUGCAGCCCAGUAGAAGUGUAGAAAAACAGAGACGGCGAAUACCACCGUGACGGCAUUUUAAGAACUGCCAGUAAAUACUUUUCUGGGAAAAACUGUUGUUUAAUAAUAUGCAAAAACAAAUGAUGAAUUAAGUUUUGACUUCUACAAAAUAAAUGAUUUAAAAGAAACGACUAAAUUUAUAUUGAAAAUCUAUACAAAACAUUAUUAAUUUUAUAUAGGUAUUAAAAAUUAAUUCAAACAAUUACGAAUAUUAUUAACACACUAUUACUAUUAUUAAUCGUAUAUUAUAAUACAAAUAAUAUUAUACACUAUAAUUUAAUGAAAUUCAGACGUACGAAUAUUAUAUCUGUACUCAUCAAUACGCGUAAGUUAUUCAAGCACUUUUACUACACGGAUAUAUUUUAAACCCUUUGUAUUUAUUUUAAAUUUUAUAUACUGGAUGUCUCACAAACACAUCCGGAUUGUAAUCCGGAGAUAAUAAAGAUAGGUAAUUUAAAAUACUCACAGUGAUAAGGAUUAUACAUAUUUAUUUGAUAUGCAGCAUACUGUAAUCAAAUUUACUAAUUGAUUAUUAUUAGUAUUAUUAUUGAUUAGUGACUGUAGAAUUUUUUUCUCUGAACUUUAAAAAAUUAUUAAAAACCACGAAUUUAAAGAAAAUAAAAUUGUUAGAUGAAUAAAAUCUAUAAAAUGUCUAUCUUAAAAAAUAAUAAAACAAAAAGUAAUUUUUCAAUUUUUUAACCCAACCAUAAAAAUUUAAUUCAAGUAUAAAUAUUUAUAGUCCUUACUCUUGUGAGUUUUAUAUAAAACAGAAUUUGAUUAUAUUUAUUAUCUCAGAAGAUAUUGCAUGGGUAUUCGUGUCUAUGUAGGACACCCUGAAUAUAUAUACAGGGUGAUUUUUUUACUAUGAACCAGCAAUUAUCCCGGAGGAUUUUAAGUCAAGUCUAUCUAUGACCCUUCUCUACUCUUCCGGUCUAAACUUAAAACUGUUAUAACUCAUAAACGGUAAAUUUGAUAUUAGUGUUAUUCAUACCAAAAUGUCUAAACAAAUAUUCUGUAUUCAAAUCUGUGUUCAAAAGGGGGAUUCCUAUUUGAAAAUCAAAAGUAUGCACUUAUUUAAGGUACAUAGAGUAGGAGUAAAAAAUAAAAAUGGUUUUAAAAUAAAACUUAAACGAUUCCAUAAUGAUUAGAAAAAACUGAAAUCAAAUUCACUUAAAAUUCUCUGAGACAAUUGCUGGUUCAUGAUAAAAAAAAUCACCCUAUAUAUAUAUAUAUUUUUAAUUUGGAUUUUUUCACAUUCUACGUCGAAAAUCCUUUAAGACUACGAGCUACGACCUUUUAUUACCUUUGUAUUCAUUAAAAUUGGCGAAAAAAACCUAAACUAAACUGUCACGACACAUAACCAAACAACACGAUGUAUUAUUCCCUCGGGAAAUUUCAUUCUGUAUUAUAUUUUUUAACAUUAUGUCACAAUAAUAGAAUAAUGAUUAUUGAUUAAAUUUAAAUCCCUCAUAAUGCCGUAAUAAAAGUACAUGCAAUUUUCUAUUUUUUUUUUUUUUUUUUUGUUUCUUUUUUAAUACUCCACUAAUUUCAUAAAAACACAAAGAAAUACACUAACAGAUUAGCCUCACACCUUUGCCUCAAUCUUGCAAUAACACUUUUUAAUUGUAUCCAAUAGGGGGUUUUUUAAGACGUAAGUUUAUCAGAACAAACUCCGAAAUUUGGUGAAACAUAAACAAAAAAUUUGACGUGUCUUCAACGAACUUGAUAAGUGAACGGGUCAUGAUGAAUUUUACGAACCGAAUAAUUGAGUAUAGAGCUACGUCAUAUCUCGGGGUCAUAGGCCCGAUAUUGUUUUUCACGUUCAAACACCAAGAUUUUCCUGAAGCAAAUGGUAUGUCUUUUUGUCUUUUUAUAAAAACAAAUGAAUUUAAUUGAUACCAAAAUCCAACAUCUCCUAUAAAUCACCCUAUUCUUUUAAAUCGGAAACCUAUGGGUAUAGUAUAUACCCUUAAAUUUAUUUUGCUCUGUUUCCUAUUUGUUUGUGAUCUGGCGUGGCUGCAAAACCUUAAAAACAAAAUCGAUUUUGAUUUUUUAUAAAGUUUUUAUAAUAAUAUUAUAUCAGUAUAAUUUUAACCAUAUAACACUAUAAAAUUAUUAUUUCUCAUAAUACUUUUACGUUUCACCAGUUUUAUUAUAUAGAAGUUUGAAAAAAAGUUCAUAGGUUUUGUUGUAAAUCCAAAUUAAACUUCACUAUAACUUCCUAGUACACUCGAACAUUUUAUACAUUGAUAAGUAAAUAUUAAUUCAACGGAUUUAAUAUUUUAUAAAAUAACGCGUCUCGAUACUCGCGGAUAAUUCGAGCCAUUUAAUAAAGUACUAUUUUUAAAAUACACAACAAUUAAAUUUUAAUUCACAAAAUCACGUCAGGGAAAAAUCAAACGACUAAACCAGUAUAUAGGUUAUUUUUUCUUUGAUAAGUGUUUAUUUAGUUGUACAAAAAUGUACAGCUACUAUACACAUAAAUUAAUAUUGAUUAUAAGUUUUGAUUAAGUCCUGAUUGUGAAUAUAAUACACUUGAUGACCUAAAAAUGUUUACAAAACUCAUGAAAAAAAAAACUAAAAUUAUUAUUUUACCGUAAAAAUUAUUAAAAUAAAUUAGGCAAUAAGCAACAAUAUUUUUAAACAUUAAACCAUAAAUGGAAAACGCAAAAUUUAAGUUAAACUUUCAAAGUAGGUACACCUAAAUAAAAUGUCUCUAGAUAAUAUUUUUAAUAAAAGAAUUAAAUCCCAAAUUGUACACUGCAAUACUAUGCAAUAUAAUAUGCACUAAAAAUAUAAAAAUAAAUAAAUUUCCUAAAACUAUUCAAAAAUAAGGACCAAUAAUAGGAAACUUUCCCAAAAGUAUUGCAAUAUCAUAUAGUUGCAUAGGUACACCGAGGAAAUAAACGAAUUCUAACAUUUUGUAAAAUACCGCCGAUCGGUCUACCUAAAUAUAUAGCUGGUGAGUGAUGAACAAUUUUAAUAAUUUUAUAAACCGUAUUUACACGGAUUGUGUGAAAUGAACAUAAUUGUCAAUACAGUAUACCAUUAAGACUCUGAAAAACGAUGGUUAUAUCAUAAAUCGAAUGUGCAUGUUUUUAUUAUUUUUUUUUUUUUUUUUUAUUAUCAUUAUACUUAUACCCGGUUCCAGGUCAGCCUCGGCGCAUGGCAGUUUUAGAACAUACCUAACCAAUAUGUUUGCUUAUUUUUCCCGUGUGUUUUUUCUGUUUUAUUUUUCCAUACUCGUACAAACAACACGGUACUACAGCCGAGCAGUUGCUGCAUCUUGGACCAUUGUUUCAAAUACUCGCCUCCGUCACCCGAAGUACAUCCCAGGGACUGCACGUGUCGGUUCGCUUUGCUGCAUAGAGCGCCGUCGUCCGAAUAACCGUUAAGUAUACGUCACAUGGUAAAAAUGCCAAAAGCCAACCAAUAAUAUUAUACGCGAGCUAAAACACCACGCCGCGUGCGCCUAUUAAGAAACAGUGUCUUUAUUUUUACUAUUGUUCCUAUAUAUUUUAAUAAUAAUUGAAGACAUUGGUGCAAAAACUCACUGUUACCUAAUAACUCCACUGUUUUUUCAAAAGUUCAAUUGUUUACGGUAUAAUUCAAAGAAAAAAAUGCUCUAUAUUUGGAUGAAAUUUAAUCAAAUAAAUCCUACAUUUAUAAUUAUAGUUUUCGGUGGGGAUUCAAAUUAUCUUGUUUUAGAAUUUCGGUAGAACAAGAAUAGUCUCUUGAACAAAUUUAUGAGUAACAAUCAGAUAAAUCCGAAAAAAAUAAAAACAUGUUUUAUUGCUCAUGGACUCAAAUCUAGUUGUUGCUACAACGUCUUCAAUUAUUGUUUAUUGAAUUAUCAUGCAUGCAUACUUACACAUUUAAGAAUAUGUACUGUAAAAUUCGCGGGUUGGAGAAAUUCUUAUGCGGUUUUAAACGGAGCCUUAAUCAAACCUUUAUUGUGUAUAUUACAAUACCAUAAAUUUCAAAAUUAUGAAAUAUUAAGAAGCUGUUACGAUUGAAAUUUAUCGUCUCUGUAUUUUAAAUUGGGCAAUGUAGUAAAAUUAUUUUGCGUGAAACAAACGAAAAGGACUUUAAAAUCGAUUUUUGUAUCGAUCAUUGGUGAAGAAAUCAAAUUUUACAUCGGCUUUUUUUUAAUAACUGUAACAUUAAUAACGAUUAAUAUUUCAAAAAAAGUCAAUGAAAUUUCAUCUUCAUAAUGAGGUUGACUACAAAUUUAGUAAGUGCUUUGUCUCUAAAACUGAUUUUAAAGGCUCUUUCAUUUGUAUCACGUAAACACAUUUUUAUUUGAUACAUUUCCCGUUUGAAGAACUGCAGAAAUAGUAAAUUGAACUGUAUAUUGAUGGUCUUUUAACAACGAUGAAUUUUCAUUUCAAAUAAAUUUUAUGGUACAUAUAAAUCCCGUAUAUAGUUAUCGUACAUUAAAAGCACGGUUUUCUUUUAUUUUUUCUUUGGUCGUAGCAUUGUAUUUUACUUUUAAAUGUAUUAUUAUAGCCUUUCCAUUGCAAAUUAACAAAACAAGUACCUACCUAUUUAGUUUUUAUUGUUGAUAAUUAAAUUAUUUAAUUUAAUAAGUGACUGAUAUUCAUGUGUAUAACUCACACGACAUUAACAUUUCACGAUUCAGUACAGUUGAGGUAAAAAUGAUAUAUUAUGUGUAAUAAAUGUAUAACGUUUAUUGAAGCUUCAAUGAUUAAAGGUAACCUUCUACUUCCUUAAUAUUAAACUCCUACGUCAUACAAUGGUGGGAAAAAUCUUAAUAAUUUAAAAUACCGUCCUGUCUCGUUUGUUAGAAAAAAAAUAUCUCUGUAAAUUUUAACAUUUUUUUUUUAUAACAUUUAUGUCUUGCAACAAAAAACAUUUUAUAGAACUGACAAAACUCGUUAUUAAUUGUUUAUUUAAUUAAAUAACUAAAAACACCUCAAAAACUUAAACUCUGUACUAAUUUUAAAAUAAUCAUAAUAUAUUUUUAAACUAUAAUAUGCUUAAUCGUAUUUUAUUAUUAUACUUUAUAAGGUUUAUAAAUUCGAAUUUUCACUUUUUACUAUAGCAAAAUGUUAUUCUCUGACGAAUUUAAUAAACGAUAUUAUUAGCAUAAAACUACCCUGCAAAGGUCUGCGAAACGACCAUCUGGUCGGUUCUUAAUUUUGUAUAAUGUUCUUUUUUUAUAAUUUCCAGACCGACGCGACUUAAAAUUCUGAAUUGAAAAACAUUAAACCUAUUAUACAUGUAUGUCUAAAACUGUAUAUGCAUCAUAAAAUAAUUGAAAUCUGCUCCAAUAUUGGAAAAUAAAACUUUACUAAGGGCGACUAAUAACAACCACACGGAGUUAUAAUUAUACUCAACAUAUGACUAUGACUAACUUACUCUUAAGGCCAAGCGUAUCAUUUAAAUAAAAUACCAACAUGAAAUAUAAUUAUUAACCUAAAAUUGUAUGCAAAAAAAUCAAAAUCAUUGUAAAUUUAUUGUGAAUUGGAAUCAUGCCUGUAAUUAUUAUUAAAUUUAAAUUUAAAUAUCCGUAAGUAGCAAAACUCAACCCCUUAAUUAGAAUUUCCUUCCUCUCCCUAUUUGGUAUUAUAGAAAUAUUCUUUGAAAACCAAUAAAUAACCGAAUAUUAUAAUUACAAUACUUUAAACAGUAUAAACUAUACUACAAUAUUAUACUACACCCAAAAAAAUUAUGAAAUUUGAUCAUAUAAAUGGUAGAGGUUUAAUUAAUAGUUGAAACCCUAAAAGGCACAUCUUUGAUACUAAAACCAUGUAUGCGUACAAUUUCAUUACACUGGCUUCGUUUGAAGAAGAAUUUUUAAAACUAAAAUUCACCCUCCUCUAGCAAAACCAAGAUAAAAUUCGUAUUAAAAUUCAACCUAAAUUUAAUCACCUUAAUCCACCUACAAAACAACUCUUAUUCCAAAGUUCAAACUCAUUUAUAAUGUAAUAUUCUCUAACUUAGGAGAAAAUUCGACAAAAUAAAUUAGCGAUUGAUAAAAAAAUAAUGUAAUUAUUAAAAUAAGAUCAAAAUAAAAAUAUUUAAUAUCAUAUGAAAAAUAUUAUUAACAUCCUUUUUAAAAGUACCCUAUAAAAUAUUUUAUAAAAAUGCCAUGUUACUAUGACAACAUUAAACAAAUCUUUAAUAGUGGCAUAUAUUAUUAUAUGUCAUUAUUAAUAUACCUUACUUUAAUAUAAUAAUUUUAUUGUAAAUAUAUUUGGAAAUUUGAUAAAAAAAAAAAAAAUGUUGAAAUGAAUCUAAAAAUAUGCAGGCAAUAAAAGAAUGAUGGAUACACAAAUAAAACUACUUUAAAACAAGGUCAAUUUUGAACUUUUUAGCAAAUAAAAGAAAACCCGACAAUAAUGUGAAAAAAUAUUGACCAUCAUUUCACUAUUAUUAUAGAAACAUAUAAAGAAUAGUAUUGCAGUAUGAUAUGAGUCGAUAAAUAUUGUUGAAUUGUAUUAUUGACUUAUGUAUUUUGGCAGUUCUAAUAAUAAAAAGAGCCUAUACUAACAGACGGGCGCAUACUAGUCGCCUUUCGAGGUCAAAAAGGUCGAUAAUUUUAAUAGAAAUCGCCUCCUGGGUAUAUGCGAGUUGCCUACCGGCGCACUCUAAACUUUAUCGUAAACGAAAAAGGUCUACUACUAGUCACCUCCCAAUAGGUAGGUAAUGAAUGUAUAAUUGGUUCACAAACGAUUCAAACAUUUUCAAACAGUAUGCAUAAAUAUACAGAUUUGUUGUGAAGUGAUAUAUCGUGAAGAAAUAUUAUGUUGGUUGUUACUUAUUAAUAACAUAUCAUUGGAUUUUGGAUUUAUACAUUCAAAGUCGUAAUCUAUGACUUUUGUGCAUUGAUAAAAUUGUACGGCUUAUAUUAAACAUUACAUCUCUUGUGUAAUGAUUACUGUCGUUAGCUAAGCUUCAAAACUCGUAUGAUUUUAUUUUUGCAAAUAGUUAUAAAGUGAUUGAAUUUGAAUUUUUAAUAGUUAAUAAGUGAUGAUGUCAUUUUCUAAUAAGUUUUUAGAAUAGAUCAAAUUGAAAUGCGGAAAAUGAUCAAUGAAAAGAGCAAACGUGUUAAAAUAAUAAAUAGUUUUAAAUUUAGUUUUCAAAAAAAGUUAGCUUACAACAAAGAACGGGGGAAUUGUACGACAAAAAUAUGCAAAGCUGUUUUAAAAGUACAUAUUUGAAAGUGAUUAAGUAAUAUUGAACGAAAAUAAGUUGAACCAUAAUAAACAUUAUCUGAAUAAGUACUGUUCACGCACAUUGUACAUGUUUUUUAUUGAACUAUUACAUUAUUAUUUUUAAUAAAAUUAUAAAUAUUAUAUCAAAUUCAGUUUAGUUUAUGAACCACUGCUCUAUUCAAUAUGGUAAGCAACUAGUGCGAACAUUUUUGGGAGGCAACUCGUAUAUAAUUAUGAACCACCUUAUCGUCGGAGCAACUAGUGUAUAUUAACCUUUUUAUUUACGAUAAGGAUAAGAGGCAAUCGUACAUCUUGGGAGCAACUCGUAUGCACCGCUAGGGACGGGUGUGCCACUAUAGUAGGUACCAAAUUUGAAAGGUAGGAUACAUAAAGUUAUUUAAUUUAUAUCUGUAAUCUGUAACAAAAGUUGAUUCUAAUCAAAUUUCGGUUAAACAUGUCUGGACAUUUUUUUCAUUUUUUGAUUAAAGCAUAAUUUCUGGUAGUAACUAACAGUUACUACACAAAAAUUACUCACAGACAAAAUAAAAAUAAAAAAGUGCAUUCAUGUGUUUAAAACAAAUGCGUUCAGAAUAUAAAUGAAUUUAAAUUAUUUACAAUAAUAUGAAUCCAGUGAAACAAAUGAUAAUGUAUUAAAUAAAGUAAUUAAAAUUCGAUGGAAAUCACUACAACAAACAUUGGUUAAAAUAAAAUACCUCUUUAGAGAUAUUCCUUAGAGAAGCAGUAUCUACUACUUGACUCAUUAACAAAUUAUUUUGGGCGGUCCACGUCAAAACUAAAUUGGGCAUUUUAAAAUCUAAAAUUCUAAAAAGUAAAUAAAUUAAAUAAUUGUAUGGUUUUGUCAAAUUCAACAACUAUCUUUUUUUAUCUUUUCUAUCUUUAUCUUAUAUUGCUUUCGUAUUUAUUUUAUCUUUCUAUUAUUUCUAUGUGGAAGAUUUACUGUGGUUGUCAACAUCAAAAACACCCGCAGACAUAAACAAGAGUAUAAAAGAAUCAGAAACGUUCCGUCUACCACUAUAAAAUAAAGCCAAAUAACCAAUAUCAAAAUAAUAAACAAAUAUAGUUGUUAUAGAAUAAUAUUUUUUUUUUAUAUAUACUACUAGUACAUAAUAGUAGUAAUACAUGUAUUUAUUUGUAUAAGUACCUGAAUUGUCUAUAAAAUUAUAACACAUGUUUUAUAUUAAUUAUUAUCAUUAAGUCAAUGAAUAUACGUUUUUGACCAUUAUUGAAAAUAAGUGUGAACAAAUAUAAAGAAAGUGUAACAUUUUAAAAUUUAUGAUUUCAAAAAGUUCUCAAAUAAGUGAUUUUUGAAAAAUAAGUAUUUCAUCAACACUUCAAAAAUAAUUUCUACGAGUUCUGGUAUUUUCAAGUUUAUACUCGAAAUAAUUACUUGUAACUUCAGUUGUGUGAAAACACUUGUCAUAUUAGAACAAAAAAAAAACUGAAAUAACCGGAUGUGAAAUGAGUAAUCACGCUUAUGAUGUGUGGAGAAAGUGUUUAGUUACACUAUACUCGAUUAUGACUGCGAAGGUUUGGAGUUGGUAAAAUGCACCCAUUCAAUAAGGCAAACAAAUAAAGUAACAAAAAAAACUAAACACAGUAACAUAGGUACUAAUAAUAAACUUUUACCUUUUAGGAAAAUAUUUUAUUCAACAUGAAUAUACCUAACCUGACGUAUUUUGAUAUUAUUUACAAACAUCGACAACUUAUUUAGGUAUUGACUUGGAUACGAACUUAUUUCUGAUAAAAUAUUAUAAUAUGAUAAAUCGAAACACAUAAUAAUAGUCUUAAACUAACUCUAUAGUGUUUUAUGCUCUACGAAAUAUGCAUUGAUGUGUCGGCAGUAACAUUCCAGUAUACGUACAAAAUAUAUUCGAGAAAAACCACUACAAAAUGAUCAAUUCAUCAAAAAAUCAAAAAAGUGUUAUUUAGUUAUUUAACAAAACUUUAAUAUAAAAUAGGUUAUAUACAACUGAAAAAAAAAUAACAUCCUAUUGUCAUUCAAAAUACCUAUCCGGGCAAUUUUUGUUAAAAUUUUCAAAUGUUUGAUUUUACUUUUUUUUUAUUAUUAAUAAUUAACUUAUACUUUUAACACUUUGAUCUGAUUUUAAAUACUAUUACGUUUUAUGAUUAAAUUAUUAAAUUUUAGUGUUAUAUUUUUAUUAAUUUCAACCGCUCAGUAUUUUAAGCCAAGAAAGUUAUAUACAUAUAUUUAUUUGUUAAUCCGGUUCGAUUUUUUUUAUUAUUAUUUUAUCAUUCGUUAGAUACUUAAUAAGCAAACUCAAAUUCAAAUUCAAGAAUCGUGUAUUAUAAUUCCGUAUACAUAUUAAACUAAUUAUAAUUCAGCACUAUUUAAAUAAUAAUUACGAUAAUAUUAAAUAAAUAUAUUUUCGUGAAUAUUUCUUUAUAGAUAUUAGGUACAUAGAUAAAAUACAUUCUACAAUUAUUUUUAAUUAAAUCUCGUAUAAAAAUAUAUAUUUAUGAAAAUAAAGAAAACAAUAUUCCCUGUGUGCCUACAAAAUAUGUCCCACUUAAUAAGUACUUUUAUAACUUUUAUUAAUAUAAAAAUAAUGUACUUGUACCUCAUUAUAUUUUAGAUUUUAUUUAACUUCAACUUACAGUUUACUAAUAACAAGUGAUUAAACAAAUACAAAUAAAAACCCCUUUGAUAAAUAUAUUUUUGGUUUAGAGACAAGAACUUGCAUUUUUUCUUAUGUUAAGCAAUCUACCUUUUCCAACUAGAUAUAAUUUAUGCACAUAUAAUAACGAGUUUUCGCUCAAAUACAGUAUUAUACUGCAGAUCUAAAACUAUAUAUAUACAUAACAAAUCGUGCUUUCUCUUUUAAGAGUACCCGGAACAGUAUUUAGCUCCGCGUUGGUCUAAAUAAUAACACAAAAACAAAAAGCUUAAAUUUAAACCUAGUUAAAAAUUAUGAUUUAUAAAUACCUAAUAAAUAAAUACUGCUGUCGUUCCACCUUAUUUUAAUACUAAAACCUACCUGCCUAAAUAUACCUUCUCGAAAAUAAUUUACAUUUUGAUAAAUAUAUCAAUAAUGUAUCAGUACGAAUUGCCUACCUAUCACAAACUUUCUAGAACAUAUGAUCCUAGUCCUACUCUUUCCUAAAUCUAAUUUUCACUAGGAAGUUUAUCAACACAAAAAUACUGUGUAGUACGUAUUAAAUAUAAAUUACUUCUUCGUCUACUGGCAUUUAAUAUUCUCUGACAUCCCAAUCUCCCUAUACUUUAAUCCUGAACUAAUUCUCUGAUCCACAACAUCCAUCCAUAUUUUCUGAAGUCGUUUCCUAAUCUUUUAUCCAUUGAUUUCUAAUUCAGAACUUAUCUGUACGUAUAGGUAAUCAUCACUUCUUCGCAUCACGUAUCCAAGCCAUUGGAUCUUUCAUCUUCGGGCGAAGCUCAUGGUUAACGUCAUUUGUUUUACCUAUUUCUUCUGUAGCACUUUUUAAAAUCAUUUACUUCACGUUCUCUUCGUUUUAUCAUAAAUUGGUCUACACCUAUUAUUGCCGUUCAUAUUCAAAUUUCUAACGUUCUUAGUCAACAUUCGGUGGUAUUAGCGGUACCUACGAUAAAAUACUGUGAGUAAAAAUGUCCAUAUAUAUAUAUAUAUAUAUCCUGAAUAUGUAUUAUUGUAUUAUAAUAUGGUUCAUGUUAUUCGAGCGCUUUAUCAUGAUUAUGGAAUCCCUAAUUGAACAUGUAAACGCUAAUGGCGAAUACGUUACCCAUCAUAAUUUAUGGGCAUCAUAUUAUCGUCAUUAAAAUUUAAAAAAAAAAACCAAACAAACAACAUAAUAUGGGUACAAUAAUGAAUGAGGUUUGUAUACAGAAUCGAUCGACCGUUUAGAUAGGUAUACGAACGGAAAAAAACCCUCAUCAGCGGAAAAUGCGUCCGACUGAAUUGGUUUUCACGAACAAAUUAACAGUAGGUACCGAUCACUCUCCGCACGUCAUCAUAAAUUCACUGCAGUAAACGUUUCGUAAUGGCUGUUUAUAAACUAAAUAACCAAUGUUUGACUUGGGGGCAGGCUCAGGAGUUCUGGGUAGGUACCUCGACUAUCCAUUCAUAAAGAUUCCAAAGACGGAAAAAUUUAAAACUGUAUUAUUCAAUACUAAAUUAUUAAUAAAAAGUGUAAAGUAUAAGCGGCUCCACUUUAUCGAAUUUCUAAAAAAAAAAAAAUGACCCCAACCUAAGUAUUCUGCGUGUUCAAAACUCCUUAAAUAACCACUUUCGAGAAAAUUCCAACGCCAAGUUUUGAGUUAAAAGUACAAAAAUAUACCACCAAUAUUAUAAUUGUCCGUAUUGAAUUUCGGGUUUAUUUCUAGUUUCAAUUUGUAUAAACCGCCAGAGUAACUACAUAUUUUUUCCCAAGUCAAGCAUUGAUAAUAAUAAUUUGUGUCGUGUUGAAAUCCGCAAUAGCAACUUGAAACGUUCCCAAUGUCGUUGAAUCGAAUAUUGCGUUUAUUGUUUCCACAGAGACACUUGAUGCGCUGCGGCCUUGCAGACCCGCUCGACUGGCGCGUCCGGAACCUGUUGCGCUCCCGGUCCCGGGUCAACUCGGCCAUCUACAUCAGUCCCAUCUACCAGGACGCACACAUUCGGAACGGCAUAUCGGUGAGACCCGUCCGAAAAGCCCAAAGUGCGGACUGCUUGCCGCAGUACGACUACAGCGGCUGGGCAAACUGCCAGCAGUAUUCGCUAUCGUUAUCCGCUGCUGCCAACGCCGCCACGACAAACGCCGGCGGUGGCGUCUGUAUCGCCGGCGGCGGUGUCUGUGUCACCGGCGGCGGUGUUGCCGGCGGUGUCUGCGCUCGUUGCGGUAUCUGUGCUAGUUGCGGCGUCUGUGCCAACGGCGGCGUCUGUGCCAGUGGCGGCGGCGUCUGCGCCAGUGGCGGCGGCGUCUGCGCCAGUGGCGGCGGCGUCUGCGCCAGCAGUGGUAGCGGCGGCGCAACUGGCGGCGUAGGUGGCAUAGGCGGAACCGUUCACCAGCGGCACAUCAAACGAUUCCAGUUGCCCACCGUCUCCAUAUCCAUCGCGUCCGACUCGGAUAAGGCGCUCAACGAACUGCUCAUCUGAAUACGCGGUACCAGCCCUCAAGAAAUAAUCCCUCCAUAUACACACGCACACACACACACACACACACACACACAGAAAGACACACCCUCGUCACCACCACCGACGUAGCUGCAGAAAAAUAUCGAUUCCUGCUACUGUUACCUUCUCCUUCACGCCCUUAAUGCGCACACACAAUGUAGUACCACCUCCUAAUACUACAUAUUAUUACGUUUUAUCUGUAUGUAUAUAAUAUGUUAAGAAAAAAAAAAACGACAACCCUUUUGACUAAAAAUGUCACAGACUCGAGUUCGAAAUACGGGCUAAAAUAUUAUAUUAAUGUUGUAUAUAGAUUCGAAUAAAUUCCUUAUAAUAAUCUUAUGUAUAUAUGUAUAAAUAUAUAUACAAUAUACAUUACAAACUUUUCAAUAUAAUCAAAUAAUACCAUUUCUUGUGAUGUACAUUUUUAUAACAUUGUCAAUUAGAAUGAUCACGCAAGAUUACGAAAGUGCGUUAACUAUUAUCAAGCAUAUCAAUGCGUUAUCAAUAUUAUACUUAAAACUUUGUUUAAAUUAUUGAUAUUCCAUAGUAUAUUGUGAUUUUAAUUUCAAAAAAUACAAAUUAACCACUCAAAAUUCAAUAACAACACUGUUUAGAAAAUGGACAUACCUUUCGAGAAUACAUUUUAUACAUACAAGUAGGUAGGUACUUUUGGAAUCGUUUACGAGCGACACGAGAUUUCGGGAUAAACUGUAAAUAUAUUACUUAGAUACAUUUAAUUUAAUUUUAUAUAUAAAUAUAUUCCUAUUUUACAAUAAUUAACGAUAUUGAAUUAUACAAUUACAAAAUAAUCUGGCAUAUUUAAUUAAAAUUAUAUCUUGAUUUCUACCGAUAUAGAUUAAUAAAAUAUACUUAGGUAUUUUGCAUGAUUUCUUGAGUAUAAAUACUAUAUAUAAUAAAGUUUAAUUUCAAUUUAAUAUUAUAACAACUUGAACUAUUUUAUUUUAUUUAUACAAACAUAAUAAUACUGAUAUUUCCUUUUUACUAAAACGGAUUUAUUCAAAAACAAUUAUUAUUUGUUACUUUUCUCGAGUGUCGGUGCCCCUCAAGAUAUUAAUUAAUAAUCCAAGCCAUAAAAUGAAAUAAGCCUGAUGCCAUAAUUUAAAACAAAAACAAAACAAAAUAUUUUAAUUUUUUUAUCGUAUUUCAAACGAUUACCUAAUUGAAUAAAUAUUACAGGUAAACAAUUAUUAUGUUAAAAAAACAUACAAAACUGCCUGAAACCUAAAUACAGUUUAUCGAUUAUUAUUUUACUAUCAUUAUUUAAAAUAUUACAAUAUUAUGAUUUCAAUAGUUUCUGUUUCUAUUAAAACAAUAGCAUAAUUUAAUGAACGUGUAUAUAUUACUUUAUAAUUUAUACGGGGUGAGCAACUGAAUUUUAAAGAAACACAGAAUCAUCUCGCGCCCUGUACCAAUAUUGCCUGUAUAAAUCAUAGUAUUCGUAAGUUAUUUUGAGUAAGUUACUCAUCAUAAGUCAUAAACUAUAGUCCUAUUUAAAUAUAACAUUGGUAAUUUAAAAAUUGUUAUUGAAAACGAGCAUUUUAAAAUAAAAUGUAAAUAUAAUAUUAAUAUAUUAUAAUAUAAAUAAUAUAAUAUGUUUUGUGUACCUAUAUAGUAUAUAUAAUAUUUUAAUCCUAUAUUUAAUACAAAUUUGUAUCUAAUCACAUAGAUAUAUUAUUGUUACCUAGUUUUAAAAUGUAUAUAAUAUGUAUAUUUAUCCUAUACAAAUUUAAUGAAAACAAUUAAUGUAUGUAUAAUAUAAAUUUAUAAUUUUUGAAAAAUUAACCAUGUUGCACUAGUAAAAAUAGAUGAUUGUUUACGGAUACCUGGAUUGGCUAGAUUUUAUAAGCAGAUUAUCAGUAUACAUUAUUAUUAACCGUAAUUAGAUCGACCGUACAUAAUUUGAGCGUCGCUAUAAAUUAUGUUCUUUUCGACAUUUUUUGUUAAGUCGCUUUAAAGUUCGCUUUUAAUUUUUGGGUCGUACAUCGUUCACGCAUCGCAGUUCAUCUCGUGCCAAUAUUUGCGCGUCGGCAUAUUUAACACUAGAAAAAGACUGAAUGAGAUUAGUAAGUUGUUUAUCUAUACUACAAGGCAUUUAUAAGUGAAUAUCCACCAAGUGUUCACUCACCAUUCCAUUGAAAAAAAAACAUUCCACGAGCUAUUAGACCAAACCUGCCACUUAACUUUCGAACUCAUUUCAGCUACCCUUCUUCCCGCGGAAAUGAGUAUUUCCUACAAAACAUAUAAUACUUCGUAACACAUUAAGCAAAAAUUUUACUCUACUGGAUGUCCAAUGGACUUCACUGUACGUCCAGUUGGACACAGAAAACUUCCUUGAAAGAUGCCCUACUACACUAAAUUUCAAUAAACGAAACCACUACAAGUUUUUAUAAACGUCCAAAAAGAAACUUUCAGCUAAAAAUUUAACCACCCGUGUGUUUUUAUCGUCGCAAAAGUAAUAUCAAUUUAUUUGAUUAUAAACUAGAUAUUAUUGAACAAUUUAAGUAUAGACACCAACAUAUAACUACCUAACAACAGGUAAUGUUGAUGUCCGCGUAACUAUACGAUUUAUUUUCUAUAAUUAUUCUAAUGUGCAAAUGGUGUACGAUAUUUUUAGCGUGAGUAAACAAACGAUGCGCAAACGAUGGCCGGCCUUUAGAAUAUUAGAUCGUAGAUAAUAUGAUAUAAAUAAGGAUAAUAUUAUAAGUAGUGUAAUAAUAAGUAAAUAUACGUUUAAGGCUAAAGGUCAAUAAUUGUGUCUAUAAAAAUAGUACAGUACUAUAUAUUAUAAUGAUGUGACAUGACUUUUUUUCCGAUUUCGAAUAUUCCGAUAGAUUUGUUAAUAUUAAAAUAAUUGAUAGAUAUAUUGGUUGAAAAUCCGAUUCUUUUUUUUUUUAUAAUUCAGUUAUGUUGUGUAGACAUUUUUCUCCCAAAAAUAUCGGAUCACAUAUUAUCGGUUUAGAAUAAAAACAAAAAAAAAAACGAUAUCCUCAUUUAUCGGCCGAUAUAAAC